AUGGUUGCGCAUCUACAGUGUAACUUUCCACUGCACCACACUGCUGUCCGCUGCAUGGCAUGCCUCAUCUGCUACAGGGUACCUUGGUCCAAACCAGCCAAGGCCUCUCAUGUGCCAUCUCUCAACAUUAACACCACCACCCCUCACGCCUCCUGCAAUCUUCUGACCUGCGUGUCUCUCUUGCUGUGUCCAUCUACUAGCACGACUCCACCCAAUGUGGCUUGUGUAGCGAAGCUGGUGGAGCUUCUGGCCGGUGCCUUUUGUGCCAUAUCUGAUAACAAGAAACCAGACCACGGCCACAGUGGCUCAAAUGGUGAAGACGAUGGAAAUAGAUCCCUGGAAGAAAUUCUAAUGUCUCUGCAAUGGCUGAUCUUCAUUGCUGCCACAGCAGGUUUUCUGGCAUUCCAGUUAAUCACAAAUGCCAUUUAUGAGGAGCAGUAUGGGAGAGAUGUGGCUUGGAUAUCCAAGCAGAGCAGGCAGAUGUCCUCUAUUGACGAGGAGGAGGAUAUCUGUGAUGAGGACAUCAAGGAUGAGAACAUGAAGGAUGAGGAAGAAUUGGAGAACCAGAUAGAUGCAGAGGAGGUCCAGGCAGAAGAUGAGGUGCUCAUGGAAGAGGGUGCAGGAGCUCUGUGCCUCACUGACUUAGCGACCUGUGCCUGUGUUCCUGACCACCAGUUACGGAAGAAGGAAUUUAAGUGUCCGCUUUUUUAUUUCUUCCAUGAUCCUAAGUUCAUGGUGUCUGCCCCAUGCAAAUCUGAUGAACCAAAUGAAUGUGAGUGUGAAAAUGCUGCUGAAGAAGCUGCAGGGGAAGAAGAGGGGGAAGAUGAUGAAACUGGAGAGCUGGCCAGAGGUUGA